UCUACAGACUCGUCUGUAACAGAAUUUUGGGAAUGGUGCCGGAAUCAGUUGAGGGCGUUUUACAACACCAUGUGUCAAGUGAAAAUAACACCAUGGGACCCAGACAACACGGUACACAUUAAUAGCAUUUACAUACAAGUAACGUUUUUACAAGACCACAGGAAACCUGACGGGACAACGAAAAAAAAGCUGGGAGACAGCAGUGAAGUAUUUGAAGGUGACGAAGAUCAUCCCAUCCGUAGACGAAUUCUGGUGUAUGGAAGACCUGGAAUAGGAAAGUCUACUUUCACUCAAAAAGUAGCUGUGGAUUGGGCAAAUGGCAGAACGAAGAUCUUCGAAAAGUUCAAUCUUUUACUGUUAAUCAGGUUACGAGACGUUUGUGGUAUUUCGGACCUCUGUACCAUGUUAAAAACAGCGGAACUGUUGUCUGCUGAUGACCCGAUGGCAGUCAAUAACUUGUGUGAAUAUGUCCGUCAGAACCAGGAGAAAGUGCUGCUCAUUUUGGAUGGAUAUGAUGAGUACAGCGGUGGAAAAUCAUCCCUAAUUCACCAAAUUUGGAGAGGCAGUCAACUGAGAGACUGUUGUGUAAUGAUCACAACGCGGCCAGUGAAAGAGGAUGAGCUUAGAGUGCCAAGUCACGCUCAGUUUGAACUUAACGGGUUCGAUAGCUGGGAACAGAAGAAACAGUUUGCAAGUAAGAUUCUUUCUGAUGAGGAAGAUGUUGAAGGGCUACUUGAAUACCUAAGAAAGCAUGACCUCGUGGAGAUGGCAGAGAUUCCACUAUUAUUGUUGAUGUUGUGUCUUCUGUGGAAAAAGAAAAAACCUCAAUUACCAACGUCUCGUGGCGAAAUUUACGUAGAAUUUAUUCAGACUCUCUUGGAUCAUAUGGCUAUUAAAGACUCAGACAACGUCGCCACAGAUAAAAGCAUAGAUGAAUAUCAAGAGGAACUUUCCAAAAUAGGAAAACUUGCAUUCGAUGCUCUUUUGGAGGACUGCCUUCAUUUUAACUUCAGUAAAUUUCCGCCUAGUGAUCUCUUCGAGAAGCUUAUUCAUGUCGGUUUUUUCCAAGUUUCCAAACUUUCUGCUUUGAACCGUGAGAAGAUCGUGUCUUUUCUUCACAAGUCCGUUCAGGAGUUUCUUGCCGCUUGGUUCAUCGUUCAAGAAGCGAAGGUUAAGAAGAAUGAAACCGUCACCUGCUUGUCAGGAAUGGAUACGUUUAAAAAAUCAAGGAAGAUGGCUGAAGUUCUAAAAUUCGUUUGUGAGUUGUCAUCAGAAGCUGCUGGCAUUGUUUUUGAUCAUCUACGUUAUGUCGGAGAGAAAGAAGGUCUCACAAAUUACAAUUUUACUCGGACGCCUUCUGUCGAAGAUUUGUCUCAUGCACAAAAGUGGUUUAUUCUAUUCUGUGUCGAUUGUUUGUUCUGUUGUCCGGCCUCAGACAGACUAGCUGUGUAUUCUGCAUUUCUCUCAUGUGUUAACCAUGUUGUAAUACUUGAUGAGGAACACUCGUCUACUGCUGCCAAAACGCACUUCUUCAAAGACACCACCAGCUUUCCGAACUAUUUAUUUUACUUUGGUCGGAACACUUAUUAUGAUGAUCUUCUAUCCAUAUCGUUUGACUUGAACGCGGUCGUUUUAACGUGCUCUGGAGAAAUUGAAGAUGUAAAAAAAUACGCCGAUUUACGCGAUGCAGACUUUUUCCUCAAAAAAAGCGAAAAGAGAAACUUUAUCUAUCUUCGUCGCAUAACAGAUGCUGUACUUCACUCUAAACUGAUUUCUGAAUUGAUCUCAGCGCCGGUUUGUCCUUCUCAGCCACCUGUGGAUAAUCUGGGAAAGAAUGAAGACAACAACAUUGCGCUUUCUUUGACUGAGAACAGAUCUGACCAGACACAACAACAUUGUGUGUCACUGGUGAAAGACGUUUUUUUAUUCUUGAGAACAGUUGAGGAUUUUGUUCUGUUGAAGAACUUGUUGCCUUUAUUAACAGCUCCUCGAGAUAUUGAAAUAGGGAGGAUCAAGACAUAUGCCUUGGAAGGUAUUUCGAUUGAGAGCGCGAUUUACGGAAUUAAUUUUACUGACAAUCUCCACAAAUUAAUUCUUCACAAUUUCAAUCUAACAGGAAAGUGUGCUGCUUUUAUUGCUGAGUCACUGCACCACUCUCCAAACUUGCAUGAGCUCUACUUGUCAAGGAACCCCUUACACAGCGGUGUGAGUCAUUUGGCUGAGAAUCUUCAUCACGUGCCACAGUUGACUGCGUUAGAGUUAGUUGAAGUACAAAUGGGAGAAAAGGAAUGUGCUGCACUGGCUUCCUCACUACAGUACUUAAACAAGUUAAAAAUACUGUCUAUAUCAGAAAAUGCAUUGGGUCACGGGAUUAUUGAACUGGCCAAGAACCUGAACAGUGUACCCAAUCUGACUUGGCUGAAACUAUCGGAUACAAAUAUAGGUGAAGAUGAAGCAUCAGCACUGGCUUGUGCACUAAAGGAUGUACCAGAGCUGAUCAUUCUUAGUCUAGGGUCCAAUCCACUUGGCAGAGGAGUCAUGGACCUGGUCCAGCAUCUCUGCAGUGUUCCUAAGCCGAAGGAGGACCUAUCCCCGUGCCUGGAUGGUGUUCAAAUGACAAAGUUGACUGAAUUAGAGUUACGGGAUGUACAAAUGGGAGAAAAGGAAUGUGCUGCACUGGCUGCCUCAUUACAGUACUUAAAGAAGUUAAAAGAACUGGAUAUGUCAGACAAUGUACUGGGUCACGGGAUUAUUGAACUGGCCAAGAACCUGAACAGUGUACCUACUCUGACCUCACUGGACCUGGGGAACACAAAUAUGGGUGAAGAUGAAGCAUCAGCACUGGCUCGUGCACUGAAGGAUGUACCAGAGCUGAGAUCUCUUAGAUUAGGGUUCAAUCCACUUGGCAGAGGAGUCAGGGACCUGGUCCAGCACCUCAGCAGCGUUCCUAAACUGAUGCUCCUGUAUCUGGAUGGUGUUCCGAUGACAAAGACAGAGGUUAAAAUGCUGUUUUCAGCCUUAAAUGGAAGAGAAAUUUCAUUGGAUAGCGAUUACCAUGUAAGUGUCUCGUUCUUGUUUCACUUAGUCGUAUCUAAUUUUUAUUUUGGUUCUCUUCAGAUUACACUCGUUAUUGUUUCCAGCAAGUUGCUUUGGAGACAAUUUAUUGGAGUAGUCUGCAUGGGACAGAAUGUAGACAUUAGGAACAGUCACUGUUUUCGACAUUUACUAUUUCUAUGUUGUGACAACAGGAGCCAUUGUUGGGGAUGGCGGAGACCGUAAACAGCCCAUGUUAAGUACUUUAAUGGUUCAUGUAUUGCUUCUUUGACUAUGGUUUCCAGAAAAAUAUGUUUAAGAUUAAAUUAAGACAGAAACAAAUUUAGCUUUGAAAACUUUGAUAUUAUUUAUUUACAGACAGUAGUUUCCAGUAUAGUGGAUGCUUGAUUACUGAAACUUCAUUGAAAACUUUGGGAGUUCGAUUCCUUCGAGUUCAUUCGAUUAGCCCUUCGGUUUUGGCGAAAUCUUGUAGAGAAAUCUUUUGAAGCUAUGCCUUACAUAAGAGAGAGAAAAAAAGAUGAAUUGUGAGAAUUUUUCUGGGACCAAACUUCUUUGCGCAAUGUUCAUUUUUGAAAUUUUUUGGCUUGUGUUGUUAUCAUGGGAUGCUUUUAUUUGGGUUUGAUUAUGUGACCUGAAAUUACUGUGAACCCAUAUAUGCUUUGGAUUUGAUGACGUUGUUCCCUACAAUCUGUACCAGUAUCUAUUCGCUUUUAUUAACAGGAAGCGUUAACCCAAGAAAAUAGAAAGAACCAAACAAAAAGGUUUUUUCUUGUGUUAAAUCCAAAUGCGUGUUUUGAAAAGUGAAAGUCAUGUUGGUUCUAUUGUCAUAAAUUUACGUUUUAAAGGUUUGUACUGAUGAUAGGAAAUAAUUCACCAAAAGUUGUAGGUUAAAAUAUUAACAUCCAAAAAGAAACUGACACGGUGCUAUAAUUUACUUGCACUUAAAUGGUUUCAUUCUUCUUAUUUAUCAGUUGGAUUCUUUUUGUCUUUAGCUGCACUGCCCAUGUUGAGUAAAUCCAUCAGAUGCUCGUAGGGCCCUCGGUCGCCUUUGUCAUAGAAGCCUAUUUUUUUUUUCUUUUAAGAAAAAUUAAAGAAAAACAUUGUAAAUAGCGAAUUUGUUAAAAUGACUAUUUCAAACCUUACACUCUAAAACCUUUUUGGUGUGUUAAACGAAAAUAUAACAUAGAAUAAAGAGCAAAGUACUCCGGGGUUGGUAAUAAGGCAAAAAGAGAUAAUAGCGAGAAGGAAUUGGAAAAGAAGACAGGCGGGCACAAAAUACAAUGGAUAAAUAUAUAUAUAUAUAUAGAUAUAUAUAGAUAUAUUUUUCUUUGGAGGGGGAGGGGGGUGGGGAAAGGAGGAAAAAAAUCAAGAAAGUGUUUCACAUGGGUCACCUCUGAUAAGCGCUUCGGCUCGAUGUUCCCAUUCUGUAUCCAAAAUAAGACCAAUAUUACCACGUCCUAAACAAAAUAAAGCGCUUGCACUAGUCGUGAGAAGAAGCCUUUUGGAGGCGAAGUUUCCAUUAACAUCUCAUUCAGCUGAAAAAUCUAGGAAAGACGUUAUGUUAUGGAACCUGUGAAAUUAGCGCUUGAAGAAUGAAGCAUUACUGUGCGUCAGGCGUAAGCGCCCUGCUAGAAAACAAACGAAAAAUCAAAAGAAAUCAUUUUAAAAGCUUAAACUUCAUAGGCGGGACCCGUGACACGCGGCUACUAGUCAAACUCGGCACUGCGCUAUAAUUUACUCGCUCUUAAAUGGUUUCCUUAUUCUUAUUUAUCAGUUGGAUUCUUUUUUAAGUGUCUCGUAUAUGAUUCAAAUGGUUUUGUCAGAAAAGUAUGGUUACAUUGAGAGGAGAGUUCUUUACUUUUGGGAAAGUCAAGGAAAACAUUACAUCGAGGACUCCGGGUCAUCAAAAAGAAAUAUUUAGGGUUGUCUGUCUUUCAAUCGUGUAACAAUUAUGUUGGUUGAGAGGUGAACUGGAGUAAAACCCGUUGCGUGUAGUCGUGCAAGGUUGGAAAAUUGUUAAAUCGUUGAUUUACUCUCGGGCAGACAAUAACUUAGCUAAUACUUUGUGUGUGGAAAAUAAAUAAUUUCGAAGAUAUUAGACAGUUUUCCUCCCCCCAAAAAAGUUAGUAUUUAUUAUAAUUUAUGUGUUUGUUUUUAAACCUUCACCUCAUCUUAAUCGUCAGGAGCAUUGUUUUUUGUUAUUUGUAACUGAGAUCGUUUUCUUUGUUGUAAAAUGGUCUUAGUCACUUAUAGCUAUUUGAAUUCAAAAGUGAAUGUCCUCUUUCACUGCUCGCUAUAAGGACAAAUAUCUUUGAUCGCGAGAAAUAUUUAUCUUGUGUGUUAAAAUGUAAGUUGAGUGUUACAUAGUAAUUAAUGAAACAGGUGUAUUUUGCCAUAGCGAAGGAAACGUAAUAUUCCGAUAUACGUGGGGAGAAUCAAGAUCCUUUAGAUAUUUAUCUGGUGUGAAAAUGCUAGUUGAGAGUUUCACAUAAUUGGUGCUGUGGUUGAUGUUGAGUCCUUUUUUUGUCCUUUGAUAGAAAAAUGAAAUAGAUGGUUUAAGGGUUAUCAAACGACUUCUUACAAAAGCUGAGUUGAAAGAAAGAAGAAUAAGGUUCAGAAAAGAGCCAGAUGAUGAUGAUGACGAUGACGAUGACGAUGACGAUGAUAAUGAUGGUGAUGAUGAUGAUGAUGACGAAAGUGAGGAUGAUGACGAUGACGAUGAUGAUGAUGACGAAGAUGAAGAUAGUGAGCAUCUCGAUGAUGAUGAUGAGGAUGAUGGCGACGAUGAAGUUAGUGACGAUCUCGAUGAUGAUGAUGAUGAUGAAAAUGAGUAA